CUCAGCCAUGGCCACAGCUGCCUCCAACCCCUACAGCAUCCUCAGCUCGUCAGCCCUGGUCCAUGCCGACUCGGCGGGGGGCAUGCAGCAGGGCAGCCCCUUCAGGAACCCCCAGAAGCUGCUGCAAAGUGACUACCUGCAGGGGAUGCCCAGCAAUGGCCACCCCCUGGGCCACCACUGGAUGGGCAGCCUGGGCGAUGCCAACCCCUGGUCCACCAUGGAUCAGCAGGACAUUAAACCUGGCAGAGAGGACCUUCAGCUGGGCACCAUCAUCCACCACAGGUCCCCCCAUGUCAGCCACCACUCCCCCCACACCAACCACCCCAAUGCCUGGGGGGCCAGCCCGGUGCCCUCCAACGUCUACUCUCAGCCGGGCUUCUCGGUGACGGGCAUGCUGGAGCACGGUGGCCUCAGCCCCCCACCCCAGACCCCCCAGAGCCUGCACCCGGUACUGAGAGCAGAAGACCACGGGGACCUGGGCUCCCACCACUGCCAGGACCAUUCGGACGAGGAGACCCCCACCUCCGACGAGCUGGAGCAGUUCGCCAAGCAGUUCAAACAAAGGCGCAUCAAGCUGGGCUUCACCCAGGCGGACGUGGGGCUGGCCCUGGGCACCCUGUACGGCAAUGUCUUCUCGCAGACCACCAUCUGCAGGUUCGAGGCUCUGCAGCUCAGCUUCAAGAACAUGUGCAAGCUGAAGCCCCUGCUGAACAAGUGGCUGGAGGAGGCCGACUCCUCCACCGGCAGUCCGACCAGCAUCGACAAGAUCGCCGCCCAGGGCAGGAAGAGGAAGAAGAGGACCUCCAUAGAGGUGAGUGUCAAGGGGGUCCUGGAGACCCACUUCCUGAAAUGCCCCAAGCCGGCGGCCCAGGAGAUCUUGUCCCUGGCAGACAGCCUGCAGCUGGAGAAGGAGGUGGUCCGGGUCUGGUUCUGCAACAGAAGACAAAAGGAGAAAAGGAUGACCCCCCCGGGGGACCCCCAGCCGCACGAGGGCUUCCCCCACAAUGUCAAAGCAGACCCCUCCUGCCACGACCUCUGACUGCGGCCCCGACCCCACGGACAAUGGGAAAAUCCGUUUUUCUAAGAUAAAAAGAGAAAGAAAGAACUUUUUUUUGGGUCUUUAACUUAUGUUCUAUUCUUUAUGGCGGAACAGAAAUACUCAAAAACUUUUGCAAAAAAAUAAAAAGCAAAGAAAAAGUAUAAAAAUAAAAAAAAAUCACUAAAGACUCGAGGAGCUGCUUGUUCCAAACCUGGCAAUAGAAGGAGACAGAGCUGCUGUGUCCUGUGGAGUCCUGUUCAGACCUGUGCCUCUCACCUCCCUGCGCCUUGAUGACAUCAUCAGAUUUCAGGUGACUUCGGUUUUACAAUCGUUUCUCCUCUCUCUGGAGAUGGAUCUGGGAUUCUGGUUUCUCCUGGGUUUCUUCCAUGUGCUCACAAUACUUGGCAAUUCUAUCAGGAUGGUCCCUGCAGUCAUCAUCACCCUCAUCAUCCUCUCCGGUUUGAACUGUUAUGUAGCAAGAAAACACAUUUCCGAAGAAAACACUCCCUGUCCAGACGGAUUAGUAUUUUAUAAAAUCCUAAAAAAUGUUUAGAGAUUUAAAAAAUCAUUUGUAAGAAUUGCACAAUUUUUUGAGCAUUACGAUUUUCC